AUGUCCUUUCUCCGCUCCAUGGAGGGCAAGUUCGUAUCUCAGAACAUCCCAUUUUCUGAUGAUGAUUCUACCCCACUCGCUGACCCUGAAAAAGCAAAAAUCUUGUCAGAACACUUCCACCUCAAGAUUGGUUUACCUCCUCUUCUUCGUCCGCCUCCAACCCUUACUUCAGUUAUUGAAACUGCCGUCUCCUCUCCAGCUCUCCCAUCCCUUGCUCAACCAUUCAAGCCUCAUGAACUCUCCUCAGCCUUAGCUACAUUAAAACCCGCAUACAGGCCCAUCAGCCUCCUCUCCUGCAUUGGGAAGCUGCUGGAGAGGUUAGUCAACACCCGCCUCACCUGGUGGUUAGAAGCUAACAACAAGCUAGCAGAGGAGCAAUGUGGCUUCCGCCCUCACCGGAGUACCCUGGAUGUGCUGGGGCAAAUUGAGUAUCACAUCUGUGACACUUACCGCCAGCGUCAAGUCAUGAUGGCCCUCUUCCUUGACCUGGAGGGAGCAUUUGAUUCUGCACCACAUGAGGGCAUCCUGUACAAGCUGGCACUCAUGGGCAUCACUGGCACCACCCUUGCCUGGGUGCGCGACUUCCUCACCGGUCGCUCAUUCCAAGUGGCUGUUGGUGCAUCACUGUCACCUUCCCAAGGAAUUCAUCGUGGCGUACCCCAGGGAUCCAUUCUCAGCCCCCUUCUGUUCAAUGUUCUUCUCUCUGACCUACAGGUUCCUACCCACUCUCACCUUCUCCUCUAUGCUGAUGACAUUACCAUCGUCAGUCGAGCACCCACACUUUCCGAGGCUCAGGACCACCUGCAGGAGGCUGCCACUGCCUUGGGUGCAUGGAUGACAACCUGGGGGCUACAAGUCAGUGCCUCAAAGAGCUCUCUCAUGUGUUUUACCAUGAAAAAGCUUCCAACUCCACCUACCGUCAACUUAAGUGGGGAGGCUGUUCCAUACUCAACCUUACACACCCUCCUCGGACUGCGGCUGGAUGGCCCUCGCCUCUCCUGGGUAAAUCACAUCAGUUACCUCCGCACCUCCUGCAACAAACGCCUCGAUGUGAUGAAGCGAAUAGCUGGCAUCCGCUGGGGAGCCAGUCGUGACCUGCUCUUCCACUACUAUAAGACCACCAUCAGGGCCAAAAUGCAGUAUCCCAGCUGCUUCUAUGGGUCAGCUGCCUACUCCAACCUCCUCAAGCUUGACCCCAUUCAAAAUGCUGCCUUGAGGAUCUCUAUGGGGGCCAUGAGUUCCUCCCCAGUUGUUUCUCUACAAGCAGAGUGGUAUUCCUCCACUGUCCACCCACAGACGGAUGACCUUGUGCUAACAAUACUACAGGAUACUGGGCCUGCCUGCCUCCCACCCCCUCUCUACCCUCCACUCCAACUCAGGGGUGGAUCAGCAAGCUCCUGUAUGCCUGUCAAUCCCUACUCAUCUUUUCCUUCAUGGCUGGACGUCACCCAUAAUUUUGCUCUCCACGUUCCUGGGCUUCCUCCCAAACUAUCUGUGAGUGGAUUAGCAGCAGCCCACUUCCAACAGCUGGACCGGUCCAUUUAUCACCACCACCUCAAGAUCUACACGGACGGCUCCAGAGAUGCUUCCCUGCCCUCCUCAGCAGCAGCUAUAUAUGACGCCAGUACAGCUAUCUGUAAGACAUGGAGGCUUCCUGAGUACACAGAUGUCCUUACCACGGAGCUCUUUGCCCUUCUCCAGGCCCUCAUCUACCUCCGCACCUCUCACCCGAAGUCCAUGGUGGUAAUUUACACCGACUCCCGCUCAUCUCUCUCUCUCCUCCUGUCCCGGCAGCCAUCCUCCGCCACAACCCUCGUCCACUCCAUCCAGAACACCUUCCUCCAUCUCCUGAACACUGGCUGGGAUAUCACCUUCCAGACCGUCGAGGAAACCAUCGAACACUUCCUCUUACACUGCCCCCGCUUCCACUCCCACCGUGUUGUGCUCCGUGAUCACCUUGCUGCCUUGGGUGUGUCUACCUAUGACCUGCCCACCCUGCUGGCGGCGGCGGGCGCCCACUCCUCACACCAAGCUGCUGUUCUCCGCCUCACCUGCGUCUUCCUGAAGAAGUGUGGACAACUACCCCGCCUGUGA